GUAAACAACCUGAAGGGAACCUCAAGCAAGGGAACCUCAAGCAAGGGAACCUCAAGCAAGGGAACCUCAAGCAAGGGAACCUCAAGCAAGGGAACCUCAAGCAAGGGAACCUCAAGCAAGGGAACCUCAAGCAAGGGAACCUCAAGCAUGGGAACCUCAAGCAAGGGAACCUCAAGCAAGGGAACCUCAAGCAAGGGAACCUCAAGCAAGGGAACCUCAAGCAAGGGAACCUCAAGCAAGGGAACCUCAAGCAAGGGAACCUCAAGCAAGGGAACCUCAAGCAUGGGAACCUCAAGCAAGGGAACCUCAAGCAAGGGAACCUCAAGCAAGGGAACCUCAAGCAAGGGAACCUCAAGCAAGGGAACCUCAAGCAAGGGAACCUCAAGCAAGGGAACCUCAAGCAAGGGAACCUCAAGCAAGGAAACACUCAAUAUCAAAGAAGCCUCAAGAAAUAUGCUUUGGGGGAGGCAGAGAAUGGUCAGUUCCAGUGCUCUUGCUUCUUGGUUUAA